GAUGUGAACGCUUCGGACUGCCCGCGGAAUGAGAGCGGCUGCGAGCUCAGCGCUUCCUCCGGCGGGGUGUCCACUGCGCUGGCCAGCGUGCUGAUCUUCACCAUCGUGGUGGACAUCCUCGGGAACGUGCUGGUUAUCCUGUCCGUGUAUAGGAACAAAAAGCUCAGGAAUGCAGGCAACAUCUUUGUGGUGAGCUUGUCUGUAGCAGACCUGGUGGUGGCUCUCUACCCGUACCCCCUGGUGCUAACAGCUAUCUUCCACAAUGACUGGACCAUGGGAGACCUACACUGUCAGGCCAGCGGCUUUGUCAUGGGGCUGAGCGUCAUCGGCUCCAUAUUCAACAUCACGGCCAUUGCAAUUAACCGUUACUGCUACAUCUGCCACAGCCUCCACUACGACCGUCUCUAUAGCCUGAGGAACACCUGCUGCUACCUGGGCCUCACAUGGUUGCUCACAGCCAUCGCCACAGUGCCCAACUUCUUUGUCGGGUCUCUGCAGUACGACCCUCGUGUCUACUCCUGCACCUUCGCUCAGACUGUCAGCUCGUACUACACCAUCUCAGUGGUGGUCAUCCACUUCCUGAUCCCACUGCUUGUGGUGUCCUAUUGUUACAUGCGUAUAUGGGUUCUGGUGAUUCAAGUGAAACAUAGAGUGAAACCGGAGCAAAGGACAAGACUGAAAUCCAGCGAUGUGAGGAACUUCUUGACUAUGUUCAUGGUGUUUGUGUUGUUUGCUGUGUGCUGGGCUCCCUUGAACCUUAUAGGCCUGGCUGUAGCUAUAAACCCUGCAAAAGUAGCACCCAACAUACCAGAGUGGCUAUUUGUCACAAGCUACUUUAUGGCAUAUUUCAACAGCUGCCUCAAUGCCAUCAUUUAUGGAGUACUAAACCAAAACUUUCGUAAAGAGUACAAAACAAUCCUCCUUGCUCUUUGUGUUCCACGUUUGCUCCUCAUGGAAACAUCCAGGUGUGCCACAGAGGGGCUGAAGAGUAAGCCGUCACCUGCUGUCACGAACAAUAACAUAGCUGAAAUAAAUGUAUAAAUUGAUGUUACACUGAGCAAGUACUAGUGCCAUGUUUCACUCAGUGCCUGUUGUGGACGUGUUUUUCUUGUUUAUAUCUGUGGAGAGUUUUAGUUAUUCCCCAUACCUGUGCACAGUUGGAACUUGGGGGGGAAAAAAGUACUGAGUUUUCAAAGUAACAUCAGUGCCUCUUGCUACAUUACAAGAUCCUGAAAAGAUCAUUUAAUCUUAGGAAAUUCAUUUAAAAACUACGACAAAUGCAUAAUAUAGGUCUAUCACGCACGUUAAUGUAAUUUGUUUAAUUUCUUUAAAAUUCUGUUGUCUUUGAUCAUUUUGUCUCACAAUACUUGAAAAACACAAAUCAUUGUCCAUUAAAAAAAUAGAAUAUGAAAUGAGAAUAAUCAUAAAAAAUAUAUAUAUUUUAUUAUAUAAAUGCUGCCAAAGGAGAGGUGUCGUUUUCUAUACCUUAUGCAACUGAGUGAAGUAGUUCUACCAGUAGAUCUUUUUUGUUCUGAACAUAAGAUAUUAAACUUGCAGGAGUAUUAUUUGCAAAUGCGUUGUUUUCUGUGUUCUUGUUUGAAAUCACCAGUUUAUGUUGUUUGCUCUUAAACAGGAUUCCCUCUCUGCAACAUUUAGCAUGUUGAUUGGCAGAGAGGAAGAAAAAUAACAACCAUUGGUUAAAAAUAACAAAACAGAUCAGAAGUGGAAGAAAA